CUUCAUUCUUAUCCUUUGGGUCAUCAUGACUCUUAUUUUGAGUCAGUGGAGCGAAGAACUCUGGGUAUAGCUCAGACCAGUCCAUAUCCUCUGGCUUCACAGGGCUAUUGGAGAGAAGACAGGAGAGACAUGAGAAGGCUCUGAGCCUGUGCAACUAUUUCGAAAGUCAAAAUGUGGAUUUCCGAGGCAAGAAAGUGAUCGAACUGGGCGCGGGGACGGGCAUCGUGGGGAUCUUGGCUGCGCUGCAGGGUGGCGCUGCCCUCGCUUGUCGCGUUGAGGUGGAGAAGUUUGGCCCCGCCGCCACGCCGUAGGCCUGUGGCCUCACCGCUGCGCCGGCCGCCGGAAGUGUGCUCGGGAGCCAGAGAGAUGUCGCUGCUGCGGUCGUUGCGCCUCUGCCUGGUCGCGCGGGCCGGGACCUGCCCGGCGGGGCCCCUUCAGCUUCAGUCGUCUCAGCCCAGGCACACAUUUCACACUGGGCCCAGGUUGGCUUCCUCGGCCUCCAGCAAGGAACUUCUCCUGAAGCUGCGACGAAAAACAGGCUACUCCUUUGUGAACUGCAAGAAAGCUCUGGAGGCUUGUAGCGGGGAUCUCAAACAGGCAGAGAGCUGGCUCCACAAGCAGGCCCAGAAGGAAGGCUGGAGCAGAGCUGCCAAACUCCACGGCAGAAAAACUAAAGAAGGUCUGAUUGGGCUACUUCAGGAAGGAAACACAACUGUAUUAGUGGAGGUGAACUGUGAGACAGAUUUUGUUUCCAGAAAUAUAAAAUUUCAGCAGUUGGUCCAGCAAGUAGCCCUGGGCACCCUGUUGCAUUGUCAGAACCUAAAGGAUCAGCUCUCCACAUACAGUAAAGGCUUCUUGAAUUCCUCCGAGCUCUCUGAACUUCCCGCUGGGCCUGAGACCGAAGGCUCUCUCAAGGAUCAGCUAGCUUUAGCAAUUGAUACAAAACAGGACGCGGUGCUAUUUCUGCGGGGAGUGACGCCUCAGGCCUAGGCUGUACCCUCAAGGAGAGCAAACAGGUGAGAGAAUCAGGGAAUCAGAAGACAUUGCGGGGGGGAGCACAGAUGAAAAUCCCCCCUUCUGGUCAAGGCCAGGCUGGAAGGUACUUAAACAUGAUCUGCGCUCUUUGCUGGUGUUUUCUAAUCCUCUGUACGAGACUGAAGACAGAGAGGUCGGCUAGGAGUCAGAAAUCCUGGCUUCUUCCUAUUGGUUAAUAGUGACUUUAGACAAAACCCCUCUCCUCUAAGCCUCCUCAUUCAUAACAUGGGAAACAGGUUACAAAUGCCCCAGCUGUCAGGGUGGCUGCGAACCUCAAAAAGGUGAUGUGUGUGGAUAAACGUUAUAAACUAUUACCUCCACGCACUGCUUAUUCCGGAGACAAGCUGUGAAUUUCCCUAACUGGACUUACUGCCCUGGUGGGUGGAAAACAGAAGGAAAGUAAAAAGCAGGGAGUGGGGAGGGGGUGGGGGGAAUGUGGUCCUGGAUUUACUCAGCCCUUAAGUCGGGACCCCACUUUCCCCCUGAGCUACCAGUGCUCAGCUCCCAGGCGGUAGGGAUAUCUCGCUCAUGCUCUCUGUUCUUACACUCCACAUAUGCGAGUCCCAGGCCAAGAACCAUCCUGUGAAGGUGGGAGGCUCAAACCCCUGUUUAAUGAUCAGGAUCGGUGUGUCAGCGUCUCGGCCACUGGGGUGAGUGUGCAGGUACUCCACGGCCGUCGUGAGGGCUCUCUCCCUCUCUGUGGCAUUGGCCUCAGCCCCGAUCCACAAGAAUACCUGUUGGAGAGGUUGAACAUUCACGUGCUUAUAUCAAGGACAAGGUACCAGACCAUAUACCCUGCCCUAUCUUGCCCCCUCAGCAAGUCACAGCCUCAGAGAACUUUCCCAGCUUGAUUUGUUCAGCAGAGAGAAAAGUUUUCCCAGAAUUCUAAUGGCGCAUGUGUCUCCUAGAUCUCGUUAAGCUUCAGCUUCCUGAACCCAACUUCUUGCAGGACCCCCCCUCAUCGUGGUCUCCGAGCACCUCAGCUACAACACCCCCAAAGGCGGCUCUUUUCUUCUAGACUUGGGUCUGUGUCUCCACUCUUGGUGAAUGGCAUCCGUCGGGUCACCUCGGGCAGUGCCCCGGGAGUCAUCCCAGAUGCCCCUGUAUCCAGCAUUUGGCAAAUCUGUCACCAUCCCACUGCCCCCGUGCAGCUUAUGGUGGCUCUUACUUGACUGUUACAAUACGCUCCUGACUGGCUUCCCAGUGUGCAGUGUUCUGUUGUCCCGUCCCCCCCGCCGCCAUCCCUCCUCUCCUACUUUCCAGAAUGAUCUAUUGAAAGCACAGUGACCAUGUCACUCACCUGCCUAAAUUUCAGUAGCUUUCCAGGAUGAAAUUCAAACUGGGCCUGGUGGGUACGGCAGGUAAUCUACUUCUUAGCUUCAUCUCUAACUCCUUAACUCUAUGGCUUGAUGGGAUAUCGAUGGUAGUUCCCUGUGUAUUAGACUCUUCCGUGCCUUGCUUUUACUUGUGCUGUUUCCUUUGCCCAGGAUGCUCCCUCUACCUCUCUACCGAGCCUACUUGUCCUUGGAGAUUCAGCCUGGGAGCCAUCUCUUCUAGGGAGUCUUCUCUGAGCCCCUAAACGGUGUUGCGUGCCCCUAAUUUGUGCUCCCGCGGCACCUCACACCCCCAUCACAGCAAAAGGAUGUUUCUAUGUCCAGUUCCUCCAUCGGUCUGUAAACUCUGAGAGCAGGGGCCCUUCACCUUGGUGACACUACACCCACCGCAGGGACUGGCAUGAAGGAGGGGCUGAGUAUGUGUGCUGAGCUGAAUGUCAGGGAGGGGUUGCCCCGAAGAUAUCCCCUUUACACCCCUAUAUUCCCUAAAAGGCCCAUAUCUCCGAGUGUGGAGCCUGUUGGCGGAAGAGAAAGGAGCGCCUGACGAUAAGAUGGCCUGAUUUUCCCAGGGCAAAGUGGGAAAAUCCCCAAGGCGGCAGUUCUAAACAACCUUCUGAUUUCUCCAUCCCUGGCAAAGAGUGGGCUCUUCCUUUGGUUACCCUUGACGAAUGUUUGGUUGACUCGAGGGUGGGCCAGACCUACCCUGGGUUUAUCCUUGACAGGGGAGGCACUACACAAAAAAUAGCCUCAACUGUGGGGAUCUCUGCCACUCGUUCUCUGGCUGCGUCUUACCUGGUCCCAGGUAUCCAGGAGCAUCACAUCACCUGGGUUCAGGUCAUCCUGGGUGAAGUCUGUGAUCUCAGUGACAACGAACCGCCCUGUCUUAUUGGAACAUUCAAAGAGACGGGGCUGCGCAUCUAGGAUUUCCUGCUGUAGUCUGAAAUACAGUCCAUUCAGAGGAACUGAGCAACGUGGAAAUCAGGUUUUUAAAACGGAAAGGCAUCCUAGAGUUUGUGCAGUUCCCAAGCCUGGGCGGCAGGGGGAGCCCAGACGAGGGGGCGCUGUGUUCCCCUACCUUUUGUCAUUGGCGUAGGCAGUCUUGCCUCCCAGCAGGUCCCAGAACUCAGCCGGCUCCUGGCCCUCGGCCACAGUGUCCUCGGUGCCCUCGCAGAGAAGGCCGGCCAGCUCCUUGGCCAUUGCCCGCUCAUCCCCACUAGACCCCUGAGUGGGGGUGAGGAGAGCACAGGGGUUAGUCGAACAUAGAUGCGUUGAUGUUGGGGGUGAAGCCACACUGAGAGUGUCCUGGGAUCAGCUACCAAAGCCACAGCGCCUCAGGAGGGGGAGAGGGGUUUGUUCUAGUGCUGGGAGAGGAGGGGCGGGGGAGAGGAAAGCAGUGUGGUGGCAGAGAGCAGGACUGGACUCUGAAAGCCACACAGAAGUCGGCAAGAGCCCCCUUGGUUUUGGCUUCACUUGGAAUUUUAGCACCGACUUCGGAUUCUUUUUUAAGAGAAAAAAACUUAAAUUUGAAAAGUUACUUAUUCAAGAAAAUUCACUCUUUUUGGUGUACACUUCUAUGAGCCUUGACAAACACACAGAAUCACGUUACCACCAUCAAAACGGAAGGUCUAGAACAUUUGCCUCAGCCCCGCCAAAAAUUCCCUCGGACUACCCCUCUGUGGUCGGAUGCUCCCCACGUCCUUAACCUCCGGCAACCGUCGGUCUGUUCUCCAUCACUACACUGUUGCCUUUUCCAGAAUGUUAUACAUGGAAUCACGCACUGUGUAGCCUUUGAGGCUGGCUUCCUUAGCACAGCGCAUUUGAGAUUCAGCUUUGUCGUGAGUAUCAACGGCUUUUUUCUUUGCGUUGCCGAGAGGUAUUCUACUAUGAAUAGUAGUAUGAAUAUACCGCUGUUUUCAUUUUCUAGUUGAGUUGCUUCCAAUUUUGGGUGCUAGUGAAUAAAGGUGCUAUGCAUA